AUGCCGAGAAAGCCAGGUGUUGACGAAGUCAGCGUUCAGGCCGGCGAGACUGACGGCCUGGGAGAAGGGCCGAGCAAGAAGCCGAGGCAGACAGAAGGUGGCGAGGUCAUAGACUUGACCUUGACCAAGGACGGACCGCAGCCGUACAGAAAGCGUGCCGCCGCCGAGCUUGAGACUAAUGGGGAAGAUGCGGAUGAUGGCGGAGGAGGGCCGAGCAAAAAAGCCAAGUCGCUUGACCAGAGUAUUACCCCUUUCAAAGGUGAUGGUGAGAAGACCUUGAGCUCGACUUCAGCAAACACGCCAGUAAUGCAACAACCACCGACCGAGAAGUCUCAAGGCAAGAAAGCGGUCUACCCGAGUGACCGGUCAGACACCCGGCCGCCGUGGAGUAUGUACGAGAUGGAUGGCUCAGGCAGAGUUGAGCGUGGUGUCGAGGAUCCGCGCGCCGACUUGAUGAAGUUCUCGACAGAGGACUUCGAGCGCAUUCGUAGCCUCGAGCAUAUUCGCAAUCAGCUCUGGCCGGCGGGACAGGUCGAUCAAGGACGAACCGUUUACCGCCAGAAUGAACGCACCCUCGUCCAGGGAUCAGUCAGAAGCCGGAUGAAGAAGAUGUCAACCCGGUGCAAGGACCUGGGAUAUGAAUGGACCCGACGAAAUGGGUUGAACCCGAUGGCGCGUACGUCGUUCGUGGAGAAGCCCUCGCAAGAGCUCGAGAAACUUUAUCGACAAUUUCUCGGGGCGAAAAGCUGGAAGCGCACUCUGCUCGAACGCGAGAAUUGCACGACACCUUGGAUCUUCGUUGACGAUCAGGUGCUUCAAAGCCUCAUCGCAGGAUUCAUCUACACUGAAGUGUUCACCAAGCCAGCUCCCUGGGACAUUUCGGAGCGUCUCAAUGCUGCUAGUGGGGCGGACCUCAAGUAUGGAGUGAGCGCCAUGGCCGACAAGGGCUACCAUUUGGACGAGUUGUUCAAGAAGUGGUCCGAAAAGAUGAUUCUUGAUGAGAAGUUCCAGCAAGAUUUCGUGAAGCCGCACGCGCAUGACUUGGCGACGCAGCUGGCUCUGGUUCUGACGCCACAUCUCAUGAAUGCGAAGCGAAUUCAGAUGCCAGAGGAUGCAGACGCGGCCGCAGACUCGGAUGAUGGCGAGGACAAUCCCAACACCAUCGCGUAUGAUACCAAGUGGGUUGACGAAAUCGAAGACUUGGUUUACGAUUCCCUCAUGCUGAAGGAAACCAUCGGCACCUACCACGAAGUUAGCUACGAAUACACGUGGGGUGUGCCGGGUGGCCAGCUCGAUCGGGAUACUAUGGAUCCUGUUCACGGCAAACUCGGCUUUGAGAACGAAGUCCAUUUCACAGUGUGGCCUGGCUCGCAGAUGGCCCGAACAUCGUCCGCUCCCAUCGACGGACCAGCAGGAAUCACCAUUGUAAUGCAGUGCGCCGCGGAUCGUUGGGAGAAUUAG